AAGUGGUCAAAGGGCAAAGUUCGUGACAAGCUCAACAACUUGAUCCUCUUCGACAAGGCCACUUACGACAAACUGUACAAGGAGGUGCCCAGCUACAAGCUGAUUACUCCGUCUGUGGUGUCUGAGAGAGAAUUACAUUCAAAAGGGUUGAUUCACUUGGUGUCCAAACACAACUCCCAGUUGAUCUACACAAGGGCCACCAAGGGAGACAAGGAUGAAGCACCAGCAGAAAAAUAA